AUGAAAGUUGCUUAUUCACCUACCUUAGCAAGCUAUAACUUCAACUUGCACAACCUGAAGAAAGAAGGUGGUCCGCCUAUUGAAGAGUUUCUGCGAUCUUUGCCGUUGGAAAAGUGGUGCAAUGCGUUUUUCAAAGGAAACAGGUAUGGUGAAAUGGCAAAUAGUGUUGUCGAGUCAUUUAACAAUUGGACUAGAGAUUUGCGUGAGCUUCCUAUAUUUGAGAUGUUUGAAGGCUUAAGGGUUAAGGUUAUGGAGAAUAUGUCUGAGAGGAAGGUUGCAUGCAAGAGGUGGACCACUAUUUUGUGUCCUCCAAUGGAGGCUUUGUUGAAGAAAUCAAUGGAUAUUGGGCGGCAUUGGGCUGUUAGUAUGUCUAGUGAGACUGUUUUUGAAGUUCAUUUUGAUAAAUCAGUGGCUGUUGAUCUUGGGAACAGCACUUGCUCUUGCCGUCAAUGGCAAAUUAAUUCAUUCCCAUAUUCACAUGCUCUUGCUGCAGUCCAAAAGGUUGGAGUGGAACCUGUGUAUAGUUACAUUGAGCCGUUUUACACCUGUCAAAGCUACAUGGAUUCCUACGCGCAUGGUAUUCAUCCUAUACCAAAUAUGGGGAAGUUUUAUGAAGAUGCAUCUAGUUCAACUUCUGUUGUUAAGCCUCCAUUGGUUAGGAGGCCAUCCGACCGGCCAAAAUCUGUUCGAAUGAAGUCUGCAGCAGAAGGAGGCACGAGGAGGCGUAUCAAGUGUGGCUGA